GUAAGCUUUUUCGAACACAAAUAUUUUUUGACAAUGAAGUUUCCUAUUGGUGUUUACUUUCUACUGAUUCCAUUUUGUUCGGGACAGUUUCCCGAAAGAAUAAGGACCAAAGGAGCUAUGGGCAAUAAAGUUGUCAGUGACAUUGUUGAGAAACUGGCUACCAAAGGAAUUUUUUCGAAUAAGCACCUUCUACGAAAACUAGCUGCCAUUCAAAGUAAGGAUGGUGUUCCAUUUAAGCCUCAUAGUGGUGGCCUGUGGCGGAUUGAUAUAGAUCAACUGUCGUCCGUAAAAACUUCCUGCCAGCAAAAUUUGCGUGACUUGUGUAAGCUGUUUAAAAAAGAAUUCAAUAUAGAUGUGGGUUCGAUUAAUAUCCCUGACCUAGACAAACCAUUGUAUUCCGGAUCGAUAAUGUCUCUUUACCUUUCAUCACUCAACGAAUCAAUUCCGGAGAAAUCAUUUCAAGACGAAGACUUCUGGCGAAAACUCAUUUCCAAAUCCAUUUUGCGAAACAACGAAGAAGAACUAACCCCGGAAGUCUAUACUAAAGACAAUCUUUUGUAUAAGCAGUAUUUGAAAACUAUUUGUCGUGAGAGAACAGACGGUGUCCAUGCAAAAACCUUACCCCAUCCUGAUCCGAGAAAGUAUAUCCAAUGCUUAAAGUCAUCAGACUACUACGUGAAACGCUGUCCGAUUGGUACAUUCUGGUUGCAAAAAAGAUUGACUUGUGUUCAUCGAGAGGACGAUACAGACACCACUCAACAGGAUACAAAUCUGCUACCGAAGAAAACUCGCCCCGCUAUGAAAAUGCCAGCUUUAAAGACUUUUGCCAAUCCUUGUACGAAGGAAACGUUUGAUAAUGGAAGAUUAUACUUUCCGCAUUCUGACCCUACCAAAUAUAUUCAGUGUGUAGAUAUUGGUUCAUAUAUAGUGAAAGAUUGUAUCCCAGGAAACAGUUGGUUUCAGAACGAAACGAUGUGCUUAAAUACAUCAGAACAUCUACGUCAGAAAUAUAGAAGUUUGAUUUUCAAGACAACUUUGCACGACAACCUCGGAAAAACUACCCUAAACCCUUUGGUCAACAUAUUUAAGCAUCUUUGUACCAAAGCUGCUAUAGCAGCCAAACGUCUUUAUUAUUCUCAUCCCAACCCAAAGAAAUUUGUCGAGUGCACAGGUGUGGGUUUAUAUGUUAUUAGAAGUUGCGCCUCUGGUAAAUUUUGGUCAAAGAAAGGUGAUACGUGUAUACAUAAUUAUUAUCCAUCUACUCAAUACUUGCCAACUAGAAGGCAUCUGACAAACAUCUAUGGUUCUACAAUAUAUUCAUCAAAUAAGCAGGGCAAUCCGUUCAAUAGGCCGGCUACAUUACCCAUGACGACUAUGAAAGAAAAAUUGCAUUACACAACAUCCUUGUCAGGCAAAUCAAAAAUACCGAUGCAUUACACAACUGCAAGGUCUUUACCAAAAAGGACACAGAAAUCAAGGCACCAGCCUCCUAACAAACCAAGAUAUACAACCUCAAAAAUGUUUACUGACAUUCCUACAGCAACAGCGAAAGCAAUCCCUACUUAUUACUCAAGACCCGCAAAUAAACCCAGCACGAAAGCAAUGAAACACUAUACUGAGAGAAUGGUAAUGACAAGAAAAUCGAAGUUUGAUAGAUAUUUCAAGAAAUUUGACAGUAGCCUCUGUACAAAAGAAAAUAUUGCUGCUGGCUUGAAAUAUUUUGCGCAUCGAUAUCCGACUAUGUAUUUUGAAUGCAUAGCCCCAGGAAAAUUUGUAAGGCGAGAUUGUCCAAGAUUAUUCUUUUGGUCUCAACCUGAUAAGAAGUGCAUACCGCCAAGAAUAACGCUACCUCGAAUAAAACCGACCACUACCACCCCCAUCCCCACCACCACCACCACCACCACCACCACUACAGCUACAACAACAUCAAUAACAACACCAGCAUUCACAACUUCCCAAAGGAAUCAUAGAACAUCUAAAAUUACCUUACCUCCCCGUUUCAAAAACCCUUGUACGAAAAAAGCAAUAGCCGCUAAUAAGUUUCUUUUCCGUCACCCUAAUCCACGAAUGUUUAUCCUAUGCACAUCAAGGGGAAAUUAUUAUAUAAAACAAUGUGGCAAGGAUGCUGUAUGGUUUCAACCUAAUCGUACGUGUCUUUAUAUGUCCAAAGAUCGAUCUACUAAACCUACAAAAACAACUACUUUUAAAAUUUCCCCAAAGCAUGGUACAGUGAAACGAGCUUCUUCAAACACAUUUGAAACUUAUUGCACUAAAGAGAAUUUAGAAUCACGUCGUCAAUACUUUCCGCAUCCUGAACCCAAUAAAUUCAUACUGUGUACGAACCCAGGGACUUACAUUGUAAAAGAAUGUCAUUACCAAGCUUUAUGGUCACAGGCAAACCUCACAUGCAUAAGUGAAGAACAGAUGAGCACACCUAAAACGACGACAGUCAAAUCUACUGUCUCAACCACAGUCAAAACCCCAACUUUACAAGUUUACAAUCCUUCCCUGCUCAAUAAGAUUAAAAACCCUUGUACAAGAGAAAAAAUUGCUGCCAAUGUAAUGUUUUUUGCCCACCCAGAUCCUCAAUAUUAUGUUCAAUGUACGACCCAUGGAACAUAUUUUGUUAAAUCGUGUGACAAUGGUACACUAUGGUCACAAGCAAAUCAAACAUGCAUACAUAGAUAUUCACAUCACACGAUAAUUCAACAAGAGUAUGGUGGUAUGAACACUGGUAGGAGUUUAUGUACAGCAGAAGCAUUGGAAGCAGGUGCAGGCUACUUUGCACAUUCGGACCCAAGAAAAUUUAUUCAGUGCACUGUACCGGGUUCGUACGUACUAAGAAACUGCUCUCCUGGAACUGUGUGGAACCAACAUGAGAUGGACUGCGUAUUCGGUGCUUCAAUACAUCAUGUAUUAACAAGUCAACUUCCGGAUACAACAAGUAAGGAUGAUAAUGAAGAAGUAGAAUGGGGGCACUCACCUCAUUCUAAUCCAUGCACGAGGGAGUUAUUUAAAGCUCGUUUCGCUCAUCCUGAUAAAACCAAAUAUAUUCAAUGUUCCAACUGGUAUAAUUUUGUUACAUUGAAAUGCAAUCCAGGAAAAGUUUGGUCACAACAGCUCUAUAAUUGUAUCUAAAACCCUAUUUUCAAAAAUAAUUCCUAAAAUUAUUUAAUCGUAGAAGAAAACGUUGUUAAUAAUUUAAAGUUUAAGCUUUGUAGCCAUCUAAGAAA